UUUUUAACAUUCGUUUUACUUCAAAGUUACUCUAAAUGUAAAGACGUAGAGUACAGAUUUUACAAUUUUACAUGUCAUUUUUCAUUAACUAAAAUUAUCCUUGUAGAUCAACGUUUUGCGAUAUUGUCGUUAUGGGACACACUUGGUCGGAAUAUGUUGCUCCAGAAACGACCCCGUUGCGAGACAAACCAUCGCAGUUUGAACCUCAUUUUGGUUUUUCGACGGAAAGACGAGAGAAAAAAAUGAUCGCUUCUUUGGCAGAAAUGGAAUCUGCUAAAGUUCCGUUGGAUGCCAGAGACUUUUGUGCACAUAUGUUGUUGAAUCUAAGAGGUUGUAUCAGAGAACAUUUCCCAUUCAAUCACCAUUGUCAUCACGAGAGAGAAGAAUAUUACGAAUGUCAAUAUCACGAUUAUUUGGAUCGCAUGAAGGACUAUGAAAGAGAAAAGCGAUUAUUACAAAGAAGACAUCAAUUGAGACAAGGAGGUGCACCAAAUGCAGAAGAAGGCACUGUCAGUGCUUAAAUGGUAUAAAUAUCAUUUAAUAAUUUAGAAAAAUAUUGAAUAUAAUGAAGAAACACAUGCCAAUAUAUGAGCAAUAGGUAUGUUUAGAUUAUGCUAUAGAUAUUUUGUUCUGAUUAUAUGUUAUAUAAAAUGGUAAAUAAAGCUCACUUUGUAUUGAUAUAAA